AUAUAACUCAUUGGCAUUAGCUUAAGACGAGUGAAGAUGGCGGAUGUGUUGAGUGUUCUUCGUCAGUACAACAUCCAGAAAAAAGAAAUAGUUGCUAAAGGAGAUGAGGUAAUGUUUGGAGAGUUCUCUUGGCCGAAAAAUGUCAAGACCAACUACAUAAUCUGGGGAACGGGCAAAGAGGGACAGCCUAAAGAGUACUACACAUUGGACUCGAUCCUGUUCCUGCUCAACAAUGUGCAUCUACCGCAUUCAUCUUAUGUCAGAAGAGCUGCAACAGAAAACAUCCCAGUUGUCAGACGACCGGAUCGAAAGGGUUUGCUGUCAUACCUCAAUGGAGAGAUUUCAACCUCCACGAGCAUCGACAGGAGUGCACCCAUAGAAAUAGGUCUUCAAAGGCCGACACAAAUAAAAAGAGCAGCUGAUGAAGUUUCUUCUGAAGCAAAAAAACCAAGAGUGGAAGAUGAGGAGGUGCGUCUUGAUAAAGAGCGUUUCGCUGCUCGUCUGGAGGGCCACAAAGAGGGAAUCGUCCAGACUGAUCAGAUCAGAUCUCUGUCCGAGGCCAUGUCCGUUGAAAAGAUCGCUGCCAUUAAGGCCAAGAUUAUGGCCAAGAAACGUUCAACCAUCAAACCGGAUUUGGACGAUGACAUCCCCCUGAAGCAGAGAAGCUUUGUGGACGCAGAGGUGGACGUCACCAGGGACAUCGUCAGCCGUGAGAGGGUCUGGAGGACCAGGACCACCAUUCUCCAGAGCACCGGAAAGACGUUCUCCAAGAACAUCUUUGCCAUCCUUCAGUCGGUGAAAGCCAGAGAGGAAGGGCGAGCGCCGGAGCAGAGACCAGCACAGAACACUACCCAAGUGGAUCCGUCUUUGAGGAACAAGCAGCCCAUUCCUGCCGCCUACAACAGAUAUGAUCAGGAGCGAUUCAAAGGAAAAGAAGAAACCGAGGGUUUCAAAAUCGACACCAUGGGCACGUACCACGGCAUGACCCUCAAGUCGGUGACGGAAGGAGCAUCUGCUCGGAAAGCUCAGACCCCGGCGCUGCAGCCUGUUCCUCGUCCAGUUUCACAAGCCAGACCUCCUCCCAACCAAAAGAAAGGGUCUCGGACCCCCAUCAUCAUCAUCCCCGCUGCCACCACCUCCCUCAUCACAAUGCUCAACGCUAAAGAUCUCCUCCAGGAUCUAAAGUUUUUGACGUCAGAAGACAAGAAGAAGCAGGGCAUCCAGCGGGACAAUGAGGUUCUGCUGCAGAGGCGCAAAGACCAGAUCCAGCCCGGUGGCACAACGCUGAGCGUCACCGUCCCAUACCGCGUCAUCGAUCAACCUCUCAAACUGGCGCCCCAAGACUGGGAUCGAGUGGUGGCUGUGUUUGUGCAAGGACCUGCCUGGCAGUUCAAAGGCUGGCCCUGGCUGCUGCCCGACGGAUCUCCUGUUGACAUUUUUGCCAAAAUUCGAGCUUUUCAUUUAAAGUACGAUGAGGUGAAGAUGGACCCAAAUGUGCAGAAGUGGGACGUGACCGUCCUGGAGCUGAGUCGCCACAGACGCCACCUCGACCGACCCGUCUUCUUGCGAUUUUGGGAAACCCUUGACAGAUACAUGGUGAAACACAAAUCCCACCUCAGGUUCUGAGUUCAGAAAAUAUUCCCGGAGAAUCCCACAAACUGGUUCCACAGCCUUCCAGCUCUGCUCAGCCCACCUGUCAUCCGAGCUCCGCCAACACCGCCCUUCAUUCACAUGGCUGAUGAAGAGGAGGAGGAGGAUGACGAUGGAUCUUUUGAAUUUUCCAGUUCUCACUUGACUUGCUAGAUUUGUUGCUCCAGACAUUUAGAACUAGUUUUUUCUGUUUUCCUUUCAAUUGUUUUCUGUUUAACAUUAAAAAAAAGGCAACAUAAGUUCCAAACGAAAAACUGGGUGAAGGCAGGAGACUUUUUGAGAUGUGUGAGAGCAGCAUGAAAGUAGAGCAGCUUCAGAGACUUUAUUACACUUUUACUUUGUGCGUUUAAGGUCUGAAUGUAUAUACACGCCAUCAGCUGUCAGGAGGCAACGCUCUUCGAGUAACGAGAGAAAUGAAAGGUUCAUCUGUUAGCAGGUUCAACGGCUCUCUGCACAGCUUCUGUUCAUACUUAAGUUUGGACAGAGAACGUCUUUGGUCAUGCAAUGACUUUGGUCAAAUCGUUUUGUGUGUUUUUUUUUCUUUUUCUCCUUGAUGUUGUGAGAGGAUGAUUGAAAGCGUUGCUUAAAUCAUGUAAGAAAAAAUGUACAAUAAAAGCCGCCGAGUAAUAAACACUGGUGUGGAUCAGAACU